AUGAACGAAUCCGUCGUAGCCGGGCGCGCGCACGCGCCCCUCUUGCAGGGACUCUGGGAGAGCGUGAGAGCCGGGCAGCAGCAGGUCCUGCUCUCCCCGCACUUGGCCGCGUCCUGCGCCCUCCUCACGCACCUCGCACUCUGCGCGCCUUUCCUCGCGCUGGACGCGCUGGGAGGCGUGUGCGGGCGCGUCCGCUCGUGGAGGAUAGCGGCGGGCUCGGGCCCUCCGCCGUCCCUCUGGAGGUGGCACGAGUGCUUCUGGAGGCUCCUCUUCAAGUACGCCACGGCGGUGCUGCCCGCCACGGCGCUCUUCCAGCUGCUGCGGAGCCCGAGCCUCCCGGAGCUGGCCCCGUCCUGCUGGCGGCUCUCUGUGGAGGUGGUCGCGUGCUUCCUGCUCUUCGACACGUUCUUCUUUCUAUGGCACUACUGCAUGCACAGGGUCCCCUGGUUGUAUCGUGCCGUCCACCAGAUGCACCACCAGCACCACGUUCCUUUUGCGUUGGCGGCGCAAGACGCCAGCGCCGCCGAACUGCUGUCGCUCCUGCUGCUGGCCCUGGGCAGCGCCUGGAUGCUGGGCUGCCACCCGCUCAGCGAAGCCCUCUUCCACUUCCUGAACAGUUGGCUGGCGGUGGAGGACCACUGCGGAUACAACCUGCCAUGGGCGUUGCACAGAAUACUUCCCUGCAUGGGAGGAGCCCCCUUCCACCAAACCCAUCACAAGAAGCACAAUAAAAACUUUGCCCCCUACUUCACACACUGGGAUCAUCUGUUUGGAACAUAUAUGGCACCACGUUCCUAUUUCAGGAAGAGACACGACAGGACGAUCAUGGAGUGAAUCGCAAAUUUGCUGUAUACCUGUUCGUGUGGGCGCGCGCGCGCGUGUGUGUGUGUGUGUGUAUGAGGGGUUAUCGACGUGUACUCAUAUGAAGGUAUGUUUCUAUUGGCUUGUUGGCAGAAGGAAGACUGACAUAUACGACAUCUCUAAGAUGAAUAAAUGCAGCUAAACAUUUCCUCAACAUCACCAAUAUUUUCAAAUGGUUCUUUCAACACAGUAAAUAAGUAC